AAGUGCGCACGACCAGUUUGCAGCAGCGCUCCGCAGACCGCUUGCCAGGCAUCUGGCCGCUCUGCGUUUAUUCCUGGAGGCGCUGCUUUUCGCUCAAUCUUCCCCAACAGGUGGAUAAGUCGAGUGGGAAAGAACAUCGGUGAAAGCAUUCACCCUGGGGGAAACUGGCCGCGUUGCUGAACCAGGUGUAAUCCACCGAGGAAACUUGGUUGUCGCUUAUUUUCGUCUCCAGGAUUUGUUGCGCGGUGAGCUGAAUGCGGUGUGCGCCGGUCUGCGUUUUUUUCCCCCCCUCAGAUGGAACCGAAUGGAAGUCGUGAUGAAAACUGACUGGAUAUACAGUGGGGAUACUGUCAAGUCUCCAAAAAAUGAGAGGGGAGAAUGCAGACUAGACUAAAAAGACGGACUGGCAUCACAAGGCACCAACACAUUAACAGGGUCUUCAUGCAGAUCCACACUGCAGUUUUCACAUUUGGAUGAAGCCAAAUUCAAGAAGUUGAGGCGAAUGAAUUUUUUAGAGCUUUAAGCAUUUGUUUGAUUAGUCCUCAUGUGGUCUCGGGAUAUUAUCCAAAGGAAGAACAUUGAUCUCCAUGGGCGAAGUUCCAAUGCCCAACAUCCCACAGUGUGAACUCCCCCAGCUUGGCAGCAGCUGUAGCAGUGUUUGCAGAGUGCUGGUAAGCUGAAGCCCAGGGAGAUGUCACAGCUGUACUAUCGGCGGACUGACAGCUCCUCGUACCGAGACCGCAUCCCGCUGAGAAUUGUGCGGGCCGAGUCGGAGCUGUCACCUUUGGAGAAAGCCUACCUCGGAGCUGUGGAGAAGGGGGACUACGCCAGUGUCAAACAGGCUUUGGAGGAGGCAGAGAUCUACUUCAAAAUCAACAUCAACUGUAUCGACCCUCUCGGCCGCACAGCUCUGCUGAUUGCCAUCGAGAACGAGAACCUGGAAAUCAUCGAACUUUUGCUGAGCUUUAAUGUGUACGUCGGCGAUGCCCUGCUGCAUGCGAUCCGCAAGGAGGUGGUGGGAGCUGUGGAGCUGCUGUUAAAUCACAAGAAGCCCAGUGGUGGCAUGCAGGUUCCUCCUAUCUUAUUGGACAAGCAGUUCUCUGACUUCACCCCUGACAUCACUCCCAUCAUCCUCGCUGCACACACCAACAACUAUGAAAUUAUUAAGCUCCUGGUGCAGAAAGGCGUGUCUAUGCCGCAGCCACAUGAGGUGCGCUGCAACUGUGUGGAGUGUGUGUCAAGCUCAGAUGUGGACAGCCUGCGGCACUCGCGCUCCCGCCUCAACAUCUACAAAGCGCUGUCGAGUCCCUCUCUAAUUGCGCUCUCCAGCGAAGACCCUUUCCUCACUGCGUUCAGGCUCAGCUGGGAGCUGCAGGAGCUCAGCAAGGUGGAGAACGAGUUCAAAUCAGAGUACGAGGAGCUGUCUCAGCAGUGUAAACAGUUUGCCAAGGACCUUCUGGAUCAGACGAGGAGCUCCAGAGAGCUGGAGAUGAUCCUCAACUACAGAGACGACAUCAACUUAUUGGACGAGGAGGGCAACAACGACCUGGCAAGACUCAAACUAGCUAUCAAGUACCACCAAAAAGAGUUUGUAGCUCAGCCAAACUGCCAGCAGCUUUUGGCGUCCCGCUGGUAUGAUGAGUUCCCCGGCUGGAGGCGGCGCCACUGGGCAGGGAAGUUCUUCACCUGUGUCUUUAUCGGCCUCCUCUACCCCGUGUUUGCUCUCUGCUACCUCAUCGCUCCCAAGAGUCGCCAAGGCCUCUUCAUCCGCAAGCCCUUCAUCAAGUUUAUCUGCCACACGGCGUCCUACCUGACCUUUCUGUUCCUGCUGCUCCUUGCCUCCCAGCACAUUGUCACCACAGAGCAGGACAGGCAGGACAGACAGGGCCCUGCACCAACCACUGUGGAGUGGAUGAUCCUGCCAUGGGUACUGGGAUUCAUCUGGGCAGAGAUCAAACAAAUGUGGGAUGGUGGUUUCCAAGACUACGUCCAUGACUGGUGGAACCUGAUGGACUUUGUCAUGAACUCUCUAUAUCUGGCCACCAUCUCCCUCAAGAUUGUAGCCUACACUAAGUACAGUGGUAGUAAACCCAGGAACCAGUGGGAGAUGUGGCACCCAACGCUAGUAGCUGAGGCGGUGUUUGCCAUAGCAAACAUUUUCAGUUCCCUGCGCCUCAUCUCUCUGUUUACUGCCAACUCUCAUUUGGGGCCACUGCAGAUCUCACUUGGGAGAAUGCUGCUGGACAUCCUGAAGUUCCUCUUCAUCUACUGCCUGGUCCUUUUGGCCUUCGCCAACGGGCUGAACCAGUUGUACUUUUACUAUGAGACCAAGGCUUCAGAUGAGAAGGGAAAAUGCAAAGGCAUCCGCUGUGUGGAGCAGAAUAACGCAUUCUCCACGUUAUUUGAGACGCUACAGUCUCUCUUCUGGUCAAUCUUUGGUCUGAUAAGCCUGUAUGUGACCAAUGUGGAUGCUGACCAUCAGUUCACUGAGUUUGUAGGCGCCACCAUGUUCGGCACCUACAACAUUAUCUCCCUCGUGGUGCUCCUCAACAUGCUCAUAGCCAUGAUGAACAACUCCUACCAACACAUUGCUGAUCAUGCAGACAUUGAGUGGAAGUUUGCCAGGACAAAGCUGUGGAUGAGUUACUUUGAAGAAGGGGCCACUCUGCCGGCCCCUUUUAACAUCAUCCCCAGCCCUAAAUCGUUCUGGUACCUCAUGUGCUGGAUCAAGAGGCAAGUGUGCAAGAGGACAAGAUCCAAGCCCCCUGAAACUUUCGGAAGUAUUGGGAGGCGAGCAGCAGAGAACCUGAGGAUAAACAAUCAGUAUCAGGAGGUACUGAGGAACUUGGUGAAACGUUAUGUGGCUGCCAUGAUCAGAGAUGCCAAAACAGAGGAAGGCUUGACUGAAGAGAACUUCAAGGAGCUGAAACAAGAUAUCUCCAGCUUUCGUUAUGAGGUGAUGGGCAUGAUGAAGACAGGGAAGCCUGCUCUACAGGGGGCAAAAGCCAGCAGCAGCUCAGUGGAGUCCAGUCUUGCUUACCCCAACUCCUCGCUCAAGGUUCCUCCCUCCUCUCAGAGCAGCCAGGUGAAAAGCAAACACAACCGAUUCAAGAUCAUCGCAUCCAUCCUCAAGCAGGGCACUUCCACAGCUUCACCCAGGCCACCAGAAGCCUCCAAUGGUCUACCUAAUGGACUUGUGGUCUCUGAUGAGAGCUCUGGCGAAAAGUCAAGUCAGAAGAGAAAUUCCUCCAAAGAUAAUACUGACUUUGGCUUGUUCCAGAAACGCCACUGGGGCUGCAGUGAAGCCACAGCCGGUGUGGGAGAGAUUUGCAGAGAGAUGUACUCUUUGUCAGAGGAAGCAGGGGAGUCUGGGGGCUCAGACACAGAGCAGCAGGACAAAGAGCAUAAGGCAAGAGGUGUGGAUGAGAAAAGACUCCUGCAGACAGAAAAGGAGGAGGAAGCUGCAGUAAAUGAGGCUCCGAAUGAAAACAGCAAGGUCUUGAACACCAACAACAGCUCAGAUGAAGGUGUAAAAAAAGAAAUGGAGGAAAAGGAUGAGGAGAGUUUAGCCUGCAGUGACUCAGUGGCUAGUGGAUGUUUGCCAUCUAGAGAAGAAGCAUAAGAUGUGAAGAUACAGGAAUAUAACUAUACAGGCCAAGUAAUGCUGGACUGAAGACAGAGAGGCUGACAAUCAAUGUGAGCUACAAGUGAGGGUGUUUGUUUGCAUAGAGUCUAACUUUUCCAGUUAUUACUAAACUAAUGAUCAGCUUUGAUCUUUGGAGACUCAGGGAGGCCUUUGGUUCAAGUGUUUAAAUGCUGUUAUAUUAGCAGUGGAGAUGCAGCAAAGGUAAACGGAGCUCUGUGUGAGCAUCGCAAGGAUUAAGAUUUUAGGAUAAAGUCAUUUCAUCUAAUCUCAUCCCUACAGAUGAUUAGAGGCUAAUUAUUUCCGAGACUGUCCUCCCCCCGGAAACGAUUCCAUAGGUCGUUUGUACUCGCAGCUUACGAUGCUCCAUACCUCUAGUGGCUGUAGUAAUGGACUGAAUGGUAAAUAGACUGCAUUUAUAGCAAAGUGCUUUACUCUACAGGCACCAUUCGCCCCAUUCAUAGACAUUCAUACACAGGUGGCCGAGGCUCCCAUACAAGGUGCCACCUGCUCAUCAUGCACACUCACAAACCAACACAAACCAAACCAACCAAUGCACAGCCAUUGGGAGCAAUUUGGGGUUCAGUAUCUUGCCCAAAGACACUUCUACAUAGACUGCAGGGGCUAGGGAUCGAACCACUGACCUUCCGACAGGUAGACGGCCGCUCUACCUCCCAGAUCACAGCGGUAGUAAUAUUAUGAUGGGAGCAAAGGAGGAAAUUAGUUGACAUAGUAUGAAGAGCAACCAUGUAGGGAGGAGGUUGCAUGGUUGGAUGGAUCAAACAAACACAGGACUUUGACCCAGGAGACCACUGUUUGUGUCGUGUGUGAAACAAAAAGUCAGUGUUGAGUUAUUUCAAGUUAACGUUUGAGUUAUUUACAUCACUUAGCCUAUGUAAUGUUACUUAACCCAAAACAUGAUCUUUUUCUAAAAAGUGGUUUUGUGGCCUAAACCUAACUGCGACUGUUUUGCAUCGUUAACCAAGUUUUAAAACAGCGACUGUUAAUGGUCAUAUAUGUUGUUUUUAUGUUGAUCUCCUGCCACCGAUAAGGGUGUUAUUUAGGAAACACUCCUGUUGGUCGUAUUAGAGGGUAGGAACAAACAACCUACGUGGUCGUAUGGGUCGGAGGACUUGUUGUUAUUUCCUGAAACUGAACUGACGAUUCCCUCUCUUUUUAACCUCCUCUCUCCCAGUCCCUUUUCUGCUGUGUGCCCUUCUUUUCAAGUUUACCAUUAUUCACUACAUUCUCUCCUUCAUCGAUCUCUCUCUACCUCUUUCCCAUUUAUCUCUUAAUCGCUUAAUUCCCCCCGUCCUUAUCUCACUAGAGCAAUAGAUGUGUUUGUUUUAGACCCGACUCUCUGCCUUAUUCUGUCUGUCUCUGCACUUUACACACUUUACAGUCUGGUAUACAGUAUCUUAAAGAAGUGUCAAGUUCUGAUCAUGCAACAACGGUUCUGUCAAUGUUUUUCUAUGCAAAAACCUGGGAUUGUGAUUCUCAUCAUUCUGAAGAGGACAGCGGCACGUUUAGUAGUGACAGUCCAUGACAAGUAUUCUCAAAUGUAAAGUAGAAUGUGGCCGAUGAAGAAUAAUGUGAGAUAUACAAUAUGAAAACAGCCUAUCAACUAUUUAAAGCGACAUAUUAUUCAUGUUUUAACACUACUAUAGAAAAUAAACCUGUUAUUUUGAAGAGAUUUGCUGUUUUUAACUGGUACCUUUAGACGUAAUGUUAGUUUGAAUGAAUGAUG